AUGUUAAAUCGAACGUUGUUCCCUCCGAAUCAACAACAUAAAGAGUAUGCUAACGCUAAUGAAUAUGCAGAAGCUGUCAGAGAUUGGUACAACAAAAGUUACGACUGGUUGAAGGCACAAAAUGACUAUUUCAGGCAGACCAAUGGGAUUGUUAACAAUGUAAGUUUAUUUAUAUAUUUUGUUCGUUUUUAGAAACAUUUAUAUAAGGAUGAAAGGAGCGUUUAAACCAUUGAAGAAGAUUAUCUUAAAGUUUCAGGUCAAUCAGUUAAGGCAAAGACAAGUACCAGGACCUCAGAUCGUGGUUAACAACGUUAAUGUAAUAAACAACAUAAAUAUUCAUCGACCUGUGGAAGAAAGCACGUAUAAUGAACGGUAUUUGAUUCCAGCAUAUUGGAGAAGGUUUACUGCUGAAGUUAUCGAUUUUGUGAUGGUUUUGGUCUUCAAAGUUCUACUGAUAUACACCUUGAUCAGGUUUGAAGUACUGUAAGGGAUUUUUGAUUUUUUUUGGAGCGAGAUUUGAUAAUAUGAUUAUUUAAUGUUAUGUUUAGAAAACUAUUGUUAAUAUGAACAUAAUUUUUAUAAAAUUUCUUAUUUUAGAUCGCUAAACAAGCUCGAAAUUCAUAUUCUUCGAAUGCCUUCAACAGAUGUCUCUACCUGGUUCGAUUUUACUUCACCACGAAUGAAGGAGGAACUGAUUUCUAAAGCGAUUUCUAUUUUCAUUGAGAUCAUGUUUUUAAAUUUUGGAUUUUUGAUUUGUCCUCCUGGAACAACGCCUGGAAAGUUGAUGUUGGAUAUAAAAGUGAUUAGAGCUAGGAACAUUCAAGGACUGACUGCUGAUGAAGUUCAACUACAGAGAUUUGUUUCAAUUGGGUUGAAAAAGUAAGAUUUAUUGUUUUAAAUUAUGGUUUGAAGUUUAAGCUUAUUAGGUAUACUGUUUGCAAGGUAUAAGAAGUAAUUUUAUGCCCCUUUUGGCUAUUUUUACAAGCGAAAGACUAAUAUAAUGAUUUCAGAACGAUCCUACGAACAUGUCUGAAGUAUAUCGUCAACAGUGCCAUGUUCCCCUUGGGUAUCUUUGCCUACGCGUUUAGUUUCAAUCGCGCCUUCUACGAUCUUCAAGCUGAAACGAUUGUCGUGUCACUAGAGCCAACACAAAUCAUGCAAUAG